ACGUUUUCAAAAUGGCGGAACACGAUCUCACUGCCCGAAUGGGCUCUUUUUUAGAUCGACAUCUCGUUUUUCCCUUGUUAGAAUUUCUCUCUGUCAAAGAGAUUUACGAUGAAAAGGAAUUACUCAAAGGGAAGUUAGAUCUUCUUAGCAACACAAACAUGGUUGAUUUUGCCAUGGAUGUGUUCAAAAAUCUCUACCCAGACCAAGACGUUCCAGAAGAGCUCGUUCAAAAGAGAACAGAAGUUGUCACACAACUGAAAUAUCUUCAGGCUCAGACAGAACCUAUUGUGAAAUGUUUUGAGGAUCCAGAGUUUAACAAUCAGAUGCAAACAACAAGAGAUGGGCGACAGCUAUUUGAAUACCUGGAAAAGAACCACGGGAUUGAGCCAGAAAUGUUAGACACAUUGUACAAAUAUGCAAAAUUUCAAUACGAGUGUGGAAACUACUCUGGCGCAGCAGAAUACUUGUACUUUUAUCGUGUGCUGGUUCCAGGGAAUGAUGAUAGAAAUACUCUGAAUGCUCUUUGGGGUAAACUAGGUUCUGAAAUCCUCAUGCAGAACUGGGAAACUGCAUUAGAGGAUUUGAACAGGUUAAAAGAUGUCAUUGAGAGCAAUAAUCAGGCAGGAACACUCCAACUGCUGCAAGAAAGAACAUGGUUGAUUCACUGGAGCUUGUUUGUGUUCUUUAACCAUCCAAAAGGAAGAGAUCUAAUCAUUGAUUUGUUUCUCUACCAACCUCAAUACCUCAAUGCAAUCCAAACCACAUGCCCCCACAUUUUAAGAUACCUCACAACUGCUGUCAUCACUAACAAGCGCAGACGAACAGUACUCAAAGACCUGGUAAAAGUCAUUCAACAAGAGUCUUACACAUACAAGGAUCCAAUUACUGAGUUUUUGGAAUGUCUCUAUGUCAAUUUUGACUUUGAUGGGGCUCAGCAGAAGCUAAGAGAAUGUGAAACAGUACUGCUAAAUGACUUCUUCCUUGUGGCCUGUUUAGAUGACUUCAUUGAGAAUGCCAGACUGUUUAUAUUUGAGACAUUUUGCAGAAUACACCAGUGCAUCAGUAUAAGCAUGCUUGCUGAAAAGUUGAAUAUGACUCCAGAAGAAGCAGAAAGGUGGAUAGUUAAUCUGAUCAGAAAUGCAAGAUUGGAUGCUAAAAUUGAUUCCAAGUUGGGUCAUGUGGUUAUGGGUACCCAGGCUCCCUCUGUUUACCAGCAAGUAAUAGAGAAAACUAAAGGCAUUAUGUCCCGCACUCAAGAACUGGCUCGUAACAUUGAAAAGAAACUCAAUGUAGACAAGACGGGAUAUGAUGGGGGUCCAUGGGAUGCAUACGAUCCUUCUGGAUUCUUCAAGCCCUAAACAAUUGAACACUUACACUUUUUAGCGCCAAGUUUACGUGUACAUCACAUGCAAACUGUAAUCUCUUAAUACAGUGUAUUACAAAGCAUUAUUUACUGAUCUCAAUCAGGCACAAAAAACUUAACUUGCUCUUCUGAACUGAAAAGUAUAUCUUGGGAAGGGGCAGGGGA